GUAAAGAUGGUACUGGAGGCCACUUUUAGAGGUUUGUUGAAAGGAUGACGAUGCCAUCUGCAUGAAGUACGGUAUAGUGCUGAGGGACUGAAGGGUCUAAGAAAGCGUCCAAGCAGCAUUCCGUCCGCCCAAGGGAAGGUCUACUUAGAUCUGUAGUUGUUUCAGGAUGAGUUUUCAAGAAUUAAUGGGAGCAAACUGAUACGGUGAUCAUGGUGUAGGAAGGUGCUGAGGAUUUUGGGGUUUGGGAAUGGGAACCACCACGCAAUUUGGAAAUAAACCUGUUUUUUUAGUAGAUUAGUAGGCAGUUUCAGACUUCUAUAGUUUUCUUUUGAAUUUAAAGUUCCAGGUGAGAUUAAACCCUCUAUUCAGGAGUUUUAUGUUUUUCUACGCUAUUAAAUUCGUAAAUAGAUAAAAACUUCGGGUACAUCACUGGUAAAUCCGAAAAUAUCUUUCAAGCAAGAGAAGCUGUUAUGACAUAAUCCCGAAACGGGCUACCGGGUCGGACGAGAAGUCGAAGAACCGAAAAGAGAAAGAGAGUGGAAAAGGCGGAAAAGAAAGAGGGAUAGAAAGGGAAAAUAGGAGAGUGGUGGACGAAGACUUUCACUAAGUCAGGUGGGGUAUGGGCUCUUCGAGUCGUCCCCACCGCAUUCCCUUAUAUUUCAACACACGAGGAUGUAUACCUUCCACCCCUACACUGCAAGUUAUAUAGGUCAAUAUAACUUCAUUACCACGCGGACCUUAGUGAAGAACAAAAGUGCGCCCUCUUCGAAGUAUUGCGAACAAAGUACGCGGUUCUUCGCCUUCGUCGGGAAACUUCACUUAAUUUUUUCCCCCCCAACGCGAAGUGUUUUGUUCAUGUUAUGAGAAGGUGAUUCUCUCAUCCUACGGCCCUAAUUCACUGGCCGGCACCGCUUCUCAUAACAUUUCGACUAAAUGUUUGGAGGAUUACGGAGAGCUUUAACAGGACUUAUGUAAGUUGUGGACAAACGUAGGCAAGCCCCUCAGAUGCAUAUUGCCACACUGCGAGGAAUUCGUCACUUCCUACUCUGACACAUUUGACCCGACGGCUUUUUGCGUCUGUGAAUUUGAAGAAUUCAUUGACCGAUAAAAAUUAGUUCAGGGUGACGUCGAGAAAGAUGUACCUACUCGAGAAAGUGUCGCAUUAUCAGACCCUACCAGCAUAACGACGAGAAAGGGACGUUUUAUCCGAAUGAACUAAUCAAAAGUCAAAGUUUUUGAUAAUUUUCGCAGUGACAACUUUCUAUUUAUUGGCCGGACAUGGUUGACAUAAGCUCAGUAAUAUUGACGGCCUUAAAAACCGCUUCCGGUCUUUUCGGUUUAGGCAAAAUUUGGUUCAUACCGACAUUUUUAGCGGCGUUGACCUAUUAUAAUUACGAUUUGUAUGAUCCCGAAAAUCAGCCCAUUAAUGUUAACGUAAUAAAAAAGGAAUAUGAUUUUAUCGUCGUCGGGGGCGGUUCGGCCGGUUCGGUCGUCGCGAACCGUCUCAGCGCGAACAAGGAGUGGUCGGUCUUGCUUUUGGAAGCCGGCGGCCAGGAAUCUAUAAUAACGGAUGUCCCUAUCCUCUCGUUAUACUUGCACGGCAGCAACUACGACUGGAAGUACAAAACGGAACCUGGAACGACGGCGUGCCAGGCGAUGAAGGGAAAACGUUGUUGCUGGACUAGAGGCAAGGUCAUAGGAGGAUCGAGCGUGCUCAACACCAUGCUGUACGUGAGGGGAAACAGGAGGGACUUCGACCAUUGGGAAGCCUUGGGAAAUCCUGGCUGGGGUUACAGAGACGUCCUUCCUUACUUCCUCAAAUCCGAGGAUCAAAGGAACCCUUACCUGGCUCGAAAUAAAUACCAUGCCACAGGCGGAUUUCUAACCGUGGACGACGCACCUUGGCUUACACCUUUAGGCAUAGCCUUCUUGCAAGCCGGCGAGGAAAUGGGUUACGAGAUUCUAGACAUAAACGGCGAGAAACAAACCGGAUUCGCCCUUUACCAGUUCACUACAAGAAGAGGGAUGCGCGUCAGCGCAGCUAAGGCUUUCUUGAACCCGAUCAGACUAAGGAAGAAUCUGAACAUCGCCCUUGGAACCUUCGUGACCAAAGUUCUGAUUGACCAGGCGACAAAAAGAGCUUACGGCGUCGAAUAUAUACGAGGAGGUAAAAAAGGAGUGGCACUCGCGAGAAAAGAAGUGAUCCUUUCCGCAGGAGCUGUCAACUCACCACAGCUUUUGAUGCUUUCAGGUGUCGGACCCAAGGAGCAUUUGCAGCAGCACAGAAUUCCAGUCUUGGUGGAUUCUCCGGGAGUAGGCGAGAACGUAAUGGACCACAUAGCGGUCGGGGGUAUGGCCUUCCUUAUCGACUACCAGAUCAGUUUGGUGAUGAACCGACUGGUGAACGUGAAUUCCGCUCUUCGUUACGCCGUCUCCGGACAAGGUCCAUUGACUUCGAGCGUCGGAUUGGAGACUGUGGCUUUCAUAACGACCAAAUACGGCAACAAAUCUGACGACUGGCCCGACAUCGAAUUCAUGCUGACUUCGGCGAGUACGAAUUCAGACGGAGGAAGUAACGUGAAACGAGCCCACUGCUUGACGGACGAGUUCUACAACGAGGUGUUCGGAGAGAUCAAUAAUAAGGACGUAUUCGGAGUGUUUCCGAUGAUGCUACGUCCAAAGAGCAGGGGAAGGAUAAAAUUGAAGAGUUCCAACCCUCUCCAUUACCCGCUGAUAUACCACAACUACCUUACCCACCCGGAAGACGUGGCGGUCCUCCGGGAAGGCGUCAAGGCAGCGUUGGCAUUCGCAGAAACGGCAGCUAUGAAGAGGUUCGGAGCGAGAUUUCACAGGAAGCCAGUCCCUGGGUGCAAGCAGUACCCGCUUUUCACAGACUCCUAUUGGGACUGCUACAUACGACAAUACACGAUGACCAUUUAUCACAUGUCCGGCUCCUGCAAAAUGGGACCGGUCGAUGAUCCGUACGCCGUCGUCGACCCGUCCCUCAGGGUGUACGGUGUCCAGAAUCUGAGAGUCAUCGACGCGUCCAUCAUGCCACAGAUAACCAGCGGAAACAUCAACGCUCCCGUCAUCAUGAUCGGUGAAAAAGGCGCCGAUAUGAUCGUCGACUUUUGGAAACAAUACGGGAAAAACAAGCGCCAAGCGAAAACAAUCUGUUACGACAAUUCAACUCUAUAUGGAUGUUGAUUUGUAUAAAAACAAAUAUCUACGUGAUUUAGUUUUAUGAUAGGGAUCGUGAUUUCUGGCAAUGACUGCGUCAUAAUUUUGCCAAGCUAGUUAACGAUUGUUAUUGUCAUUACUUGCCAUUAUUGUUACAUAACGAUAUAUUAUUUAUUAAUAUAGAUAGACGAUGUAGUUUCAUUGGUCCACAAGGCGAACCGAACAUUAAUGACUGAGAUUGUAAUUACUUUAAACAUAAAUGAUAGCAUUAUGUACAGUAUGAUCAAAUGAUAUUGUAUGAUAUUAAUGUCAUGUAUCAAAAGCCGUCUUAUCAUUAAGGUGGUAUCAAUAUAUAUAUAUUUUUUUAUAUUUAAAUGAGUAGUCUAAAAUGCGAUUAGAUGUUAUGAGUUGGAUAAUCCAAAUUCACUACCAUUUUGUUAUUUUAACAAAUAUCAUCAUUAAAUUUUU